CGCUCUGAGAGCUUCUGAUCCGGACCUGCGCGGCGCAACUCAUCAAUCCCCAUCGAGCUUGAUCCCGCUGCUGUUCGCCGGCAACCCUCAUUGACCAUGGCUUACUAUAUUCUCUACUUCCUCAUCUUAUCGGUUGUUGUAUGUGGCACAGGUAUGUCUGAAUGUCAACAUAUAAAGCCUGCGCGUCGUCUAGAACCCUCUGACCUGCCUAUAGCGCUCUAUCUCACCCGUUUCCGAUGGCUACAUCUAGUCACUGUCCCCGAUUACAUCUACCAGCGUCUCCCUUCUACUUUUGCAGGUGAUGUCGAAGCUGGGUUGAUAUCUUCCGAGUUUGACAUCUCCGCCAAUAUCAUGGAGGGCGACACUAGGGCGGGGUUGGAUGAUCGGGCCAAACGCGAGGUCCUGCGGAUCAUGAAACGGCAAAGGGUCGAUUUCGAUGAAGCCCGUCGGUUAUAUAUGGAGCAACGGUUUUCCAAGAACAAUAUCGGUCCUGACGGACGACCUAGGGAUCCCAAAUUCGUGUCGUUCUCUUGAUGGCAUUUGCGUUACAUUUGCUUCAUCGCACCUUUUUGCUUUAUUCUGUUUAGAUGUCUUACCAGUGCAGGCUUCCUUCUAUCCCGCCCUUCAUGGGUGAUUUUAGGCUCCUUGGCCGUGCGUAGAUUUCCUUCGCCGGCUGUUCCCGGUCUCUUUUUGGGUCCCCCGCAUCGAACUUAAUCUCUUGUCUCAAACGCACCCUAGAUCGAGUCAAUCUACGUUGGCAAUAAGCCCUCGAUUUUCGUUAUAUGAGCAUCUGAAUAGCUGUAGUGCCACAUUCAUAUAUAUUGUAUUACCUAGCGCGAAUGAAGAGA